UAGAGCUGACCCCUUCGGUUUCUACGUGCAGUGCCACGUUAGUAGCGGUAGACACAAAAUACCUGCUACUCUCCCGACCCGAAACAGGGGAAAAAAACACCAGAAACUCACACCGACUUCACCGACGACCGACCCCGCAGCUCCCAUCUCUCCGUCAACCAAACAAACCCUCGACCAUGUUGAAGUUUUUGCUUUUGUGCUCACUGGCGGCGGCCGGCAGCAGGGCUGAGAUCGCCGAGGAGGAGGAUGUCCUGGUGCUGAAGAAAAGUAACUUCGACGAGGCUCUCCAGGCUCACCCCAACAUACUGGUGGAAUUCUAUGCUCCGUGGUGUGGCCACUGCAAGGCCCUGGCUCCAGAGUACGCCAAGGCCGCCGGCAUGCUGAAAGCCGAGGGCUCAGAAAUUCGUCUGGGUAAAGUGGACGCCACAGAGGAGACCGAACUGGCCCAAGAGUAUGGAGUCCGAGGAUACCCCACCAUCAAGUUCUUCAAGGGCGGAGAGAAGGAGUCUCCCAAAGAGUAUUCUGCUGGCAGGCAGGCAGAUGACAUCGUCAGCUGGCUGAAGAAGCGCACAGGGCCUGCCGUCGCAACCCUGAACGAGGUCACUGAGGCUGAGUCUCUGAUCGCUGACAAUGAGGUUGCAGUCAUCGGAUUCUUUAAGGAUGCCAACUCUGAAGGUGCUAAGGCCUACGAAAAAGCAGCUGAAGCCAUCGACGACAUUCCCUUCGCCAUGACCUCCAACGAUGCUGUUUACUCCAAGUUUGAGGUGUCCAAGGACAGCGUUGUCCUCUUCAAGAAGUUUGAUGAAGGGCGCAAUACCUUUGACGGAGAGCUGACCAAAGAAAAACUCCUGGCUUUUGUCAAGGCCAACCAGCUGCCUCUGGUCAUUGAGUUCACAGAGCAGACUGCACCGAAAAUCUUUGGCGGAGACAUCAAGUCCCACAUCCUCAUGUUCCUGCCCAAAGUCGCUUCAGAUUUCCAGGAUAAAAUGGACCAGUUUAAGAAAGCCGCAGAGGGAUUCAAGGGUCAGAUCCUCUUCAUUUUCAUCGACAGCGACGUCGAUGACAACCAGCGCAUCCUGGAGUUCUUCGGCCUGAAGAAGGAGGAGUGCCCUGCCAUCCGCCUCAUCACUCUGGAGGACGAAAUGACCAAGUACAAGCCAGAGAGCGAUGCCAUCACUGCAGAAAGCAUCACCAAAUUUUGCACACUGUUCACUGAGGGCAAACUAAAGCCUCACCUCAUGAGCCAGGACGUCCCAGAAGACUGGGACAAAACCCCUGUUAAAGUUUUGGUGGGCAAAAACUUUGAGGAAGUCGCCUUUGAUUCCUCAAAGAACGUCUUUGUGGAAUUCUAUGCACCAUGGUGUGGACACUGCAAACAGCUGGCUCCCAUUUGGGACAAGUUGGGAGAGAAAUACAAGGACAGCGCUGACACCAUCGUGGCUAAGAUGGACUCCACCGCUAAUGAGAUCGAAGCAGUUAAAGUCCACAGCUUCCCAACUCUCAAGUUCUUCCCUGCAGGAGACGAGCGUAAGGUGAUCGACUACAAUGGAGAGAGAACACUGGAAGGCUUCACCAAGUUCCUGGAGAGUGGUGGUAAGGAAGGGGGUGCUCCUGCAGGAGAUGAAGAUGAUGAACUGGAUGCAGAGGAUUUAGAUGAUAUUGAAGAGGACUCUGACGGCGAGGACGACGGCGUCGACGAUCAUGACGAGUUGUAAGCGCCAGCAGAGGAGCGAAAAAGGAGAGAGAGAGAGGAGACAAGUCCUGCCCCAAAACCUUUCCAACCAGUCACCAUCACCAACCUUCACUUCCUCGUGGACCUUCCCUGUCCUGUGAACAUUAAUAAACUUCCAUUUUAACUGCCUCUCGGUCAGUCAGUCAGUAAGCCGGCCUGGUAGCCAGUUAGUCAGUCAGUCCACCAGUGGCAUGGCGAGGCCUUUUGUUCGCCAGCCACUUCUCCAACCUCGCAACUUCUGGCCAGACUGGUCUUGUCCCACCGGGGGGACUGUAUGGAACAGCGCACCACCUCUAUGGGAGACCUCAAUGCCUUGUCUACAGAGCUCCACAUCAGCUGUUUGCCUUGUAUAUUUUAAACCAAAUGAAAAAACAAAAUGGCAGUUUAAAAAAAAAAAAAAGUUUGCUCCCCUCCUCGUGCUGUUGUUCAGUGUGGGUUUGAGCUACAUGAGUGUUGUAACCUGUAUUUGUAGGUAAAGGGGGGGCUGCCGGUGUUCUUCUCCCUCCAGAGGACCAGAGUUUAGUGGUGGCUUUGCAAGGACUGAUCUCUCAGGGGACAAGGGGCCAUCCUGCAGAUGUGUUAUUUUUUUGCAUUGUCUUCACUAAAAUUUACCCCACAGUUUGUUGUCCAGUGUAGCGCCCCCCUUCCAUCUGUAGCCGAGAUUAGUUAUUUUUUGCUUUAUCAGUUGGGGGUUGGACAGUGUAUUUUCAUUUCUUCAUUCCCAAAUAUUUCGCUUCCGUCUCCUCUUUUUUCAGCACGGCUACUGACUAUUUUCUAAAAAAAGGAACAAACGGUAACUUUUUUCUUUUUUUUGAGGGAAAUUUUAUUUUAUUUAAUUGCUUUCACUUUGAGGUUUUUUUUUAAUUUAGGAACUUGUCAUUUUUUUAAAAUAAUGUACCGUUGUGCCCAGCUGUUUGCCGGUUUGGCCCUGUUGGAGCAGGAGUUGCUCCCUUGGACUCGCUCUCAGACCUGGGAUGGUUCUGAUAGGUCGCACUGCAUUCAUGCCUAAUCAGAGAUUUCAUUGUGGUUGCUAAAGCAGACAGAGAUUUGUUUCGGGUUACUGGGCCGGGUCGGUCUGAGAGAAGUUCUGUCUGAAUCGGGGAGGGAACAGUUGCACAGCCCCACCCCUCACCCAUACUGUACCUCCUGCAUCCCCUUUUGCUCUACCCAGCCCCCUGGAUCCCACAUGGGGGUGUGUUUGCAUGGAUGCAUGAAUGUGUGAAUGGCGUUUAAAUUGCUGCGUGAUGAGUUGAAUGAUUGCGUGUUUGUUGUUUUGGCGGGGAGGAGGAAGGGGGGAGUCUUGAGUAGAGCAAGGUGAUGGGUUUGUCAGCUGAACAGCGGUGGGGGGGAAACCUAACAAAGCAUUCCAUCAUAUCCAAAAUUGAUGUGGAAAACGUGAAAUGGUGGCCAAUAAACAAAAAAAAUCUGAAAAGAUAA